AUGGAGCCUUUCUCGGAAGCCGAUGCAGCUGCAGUUGUGGAAGAAACCUCCGACGUGAGCUUGGAGGAGGAUGAAUUUCACGAAGAAGACCCAGCUGAUUUCGACGAGGCCACGCCUCCCGAAGCUGCUCCUUCCACUCCGUUAAGGGCGGCUCCUUCCACUCCGUUAAGGGCGGCUCCUUCCACUCCGUUAAGGGCGGCUCCUUCCACUGCGUUAAGGGCCGUGCCUUCUGGAUCCACCUCUAGUCAGCCCCGAUCCACCUCCAUCGAUGACGGUGACGGUGGCCGCUCCACUCAGACUUGUCACCAAGACAUCCGCAUGUUCGCCACCGUGGAAGACCGUCGUGAUGUGAAGAGGCGGGCCUUCCAGGAAGUUCGCCGUCAACUCGUCGAGGACCACAUCGAGGCCGCUCUGCUUCUCGAGUCGGUCGACACCGACGACUACGGGAUGGCAACCUUCGCGAACCUGGCGGAGGUCUCGGAGGCGGCCGCUCAAGAAGUUUUGGUCAACUCCGUGUUGCCGCAGCUGUUGCUCGACAACCCUUUGUUGAGCAUCAGGGACAGCGUGCCAGAGGA